AUGGAUUCGGAAGACGGGGAGUUCUUCAUAAAGCAACUGGCCAGCUUUGUGCGGACUCACGAAAAGGCCCUUGCCAAUGCUCUCCAGUUCAAGCGACAGACGGCUCCGCGCCAUGGCUCCUCCCAGAGCGUUUCCUCCAUCCCGACUGCCUCGCUAUCCACCUCGCCGACGGUCCCAGAACGUCCUUCCACUGCCUCGUCUACAUCGAGCGGUCUGGCAGCUGCACUGUCUCUCGGAUCCUUGAGCUUCACCUCUGCCAGCGUCAAGUCCGCCAAGUUGGCUCUUACUCCACACCAUCUGUUCUACCUACUCUCGCGCUUCGAGGAACUGGGCAUUCCUGUGGGACCGAUGAAGGUGCGGCUGGAGAACAUCCAUGACAGCACUACAUCCGCCAACUAUGUCUCCUUCCUCGGCCAGACGCAGCGCUCCAAAAGUCGCUCCUCGGACGUCGGUUCCAUCCGCUCGGUGUCAAGCGUGAGAAGCGUCAUGUCUGGCAUGUCUGCUUUGUGGGCAAGCUUUGGUAUCGGGUCGAGCAUAUCCGCAUCACGCACAGAACGCCAAAAGGCAGCUCUCCAAGCCGAUCUGAAGUAUCUUUAUUCGGCCUUCACCAAGAUUCCGUGCUUGCGGUUGGCGCCGGACUGGCGGGCCCGUCUGAUCCGUGGCUACGAAGAGUUCCCUUUCGAUUCUGCUGUUCCCUUGCACGUCUUCAAGAACGUCCAGGCCCUCGAAGUCAGCGACAUUGACUUCCGUCAGUUCUUUGGAUGGGAUCGACUCGCCGACCAGCUGAGAUCCUUGACCUUGAAGCGUGCGAGCAUUGACGAUCCUGCUGACAUCCUCAUUGACAUUGUACUGGACGAUAUGGAUAAAAGACGUCGGCGCACUUCGAAGUCGCAAUCAUCCCCUACAAUGCCCUGGGCCGGAGAUGCGAGUCCGCGGAGAAGCCCCGUCAUGGGCCAUGCUGAGCUGCAGACAUCCGCAUCAGCCCCUGGAUCUCCCGAAGCGCGUAGAUCUGUAGGCGACAUCCCGGUUGGUUCGCUCAACAGCGAAGCGAGCGCCGAACAGGAUGAGACCCAUCUGAGAAAUGCAAGGAGACCGUCGCUGGCAAGGGCUGGUAGCGAUGAGGCAAGGCAGAACUCCACAAAGGAUGUGCGACCCCGAAGCCAUUCCCCACGUCGGCCGUCAAGCUCCCGGCACAACUCAACCCACGUACGAGGAUCGUACAAGGUUCGCAGAUCCGGCUCUGGCAGCUCACAUUCGAGUCUGUCGGAUUCCUGGCACAACCCUCGAGGCAGUGCAUCAAACCUGCUGGCCAUGGGCAUUCUUCCCGCGUCGAAGUGGCGGUUCCUCAAGCAUUUGAGUUUGGCAGACAAUUCCCUCACCUCUAUUCCUGCCAACAGCUUGGCACCUUUGUCCAACACCCUCCACUCAUUGGAUCUCUCCUCGAAUCUCUUCACUCAGGUUCCGGACAGCCUGGCAACGCUCACCGCUUUGCGAGCACUCAACCUGUCACACUGCAUGAUCGACGCGCUGCACUCUUUGACCCGCAACCCGCUCCCCGCCAUCACAGCAUUGAACCUACGAGCCAACCGUCUCCAGUCGCUGGCCGGUAUUGAGAAGCUUUACCCGCUGGAGAGACUGGACUUGCGGGACAACCGGCUGACUGAUCCUAUGGAGCUCGCGCGGCUGACGGGCAUUCCUGAUAUCCGCGAGAUCUGGGUUGAAGGCAAUCCAUUCACCCGCACGCAUCGCGAUUAUCGCGUUACCAUCUUCAAUCUUUUCCGGAAGACCCCUGGAUACACUGAGGAUAUAACAAUCGACGCGACUGGGCCAAGCUACUCUGAAAGAAAAUAUCUUGUUGAGAGGGCUCCAGUACCCCCUGCGGUACCAGUGGUCAAGCCGCCUGCUCCACCAAUGCCCGCUGCUGACGUUGUCAAACCCGCGAUCAUCUACGAAACUCCCAAGGAGCCUUCCGUCCUUCGCAAGGAGAGGCCUGUGCCUCAGGCAAUGGCAAGCGAGGUAAACACCAGCUCCACUCGUCGACGUCGGGCCCCCAAGCGCAGAAUCGUUGAUCUCGCAACACAUGACUCGCCGGGGCGAACAACUUCUAAGACGAUCAACCUAGUAGACGAUGCUGCACCUCCUUCCACUCCCGUUACCUACGGUGUCUCGCCCUCCACCGAGCUCGUCGAACCAACGCCGGUAGCGCUUGCUGAGAGCCCUAUACCCAAGGUUCCGUCGUCUGAUAUGUCGCGAGGCGCAAACCUGACGGGAUCUCCUCAAACGCCCCCAUCGUUCAUCCCUAGUGAGGACGAGGCCCGAUGGAAGGCAACCCAAGAUUGGGACGUCGGGGGUGAGAUGUACCGCCGAAAGAUAGAGGCAUUGAGAGACCAGGUGGGGAACGGGUAUCUCAGCGUCCUCAGCGAAGAAGGUUGGGAGGGUGGGCGGCAUCCCGCAGAUUUCCACGAUACCCCAUUCAGAAGCCCGCCAACACCUCCAAUCCACACGAACUCCGCUCCUCCUCGGGCUGCGAGCAUCCAAAUGAUCCAUUCUGGACGCACCUUGGGUUGA